AGUCAAAGAGAAAAAAAGGACUUGUUAACUUUAGUGCCCUCCCUCUGUGCUUAUAAUAUUAAUAACACAAGGUAAUACUGAAUCCAAACAUAUUGGGACUUAGUGUGCAAGGAAACAUGUUACAUAUUUUAUUCACCCUCUCAACCCUUUACAUGAUCAAAAUUGGAGAUGCUACUAUGUACACAAUUACAUCCUCUCAAUUCAUCACAGAUUCUCAAACUAUAAGCUCAAACGACAGCACGUUCAAGUUUGGAUUCUUUAGUCCCAUAAACACAACAAAUCGUUACGUAGGAAUAUGGUAUCUCAAUGAAUCUGAUAUUGUAUGGGUGGCCAACAGAGGAAAACCACUACAAGAUUCUUCUGGUGUUGUCACCAUUUCUGAUGACAACACAAACCUUUUAGUACUGGAUGGACAAAAACAUGUUAUGUGGUCAUCCAAUAUAUCAAAUUUUAAAUCAAAUUCUAAUGUUACUGCUCAUCUCGAAAAUACCGGAAACCUCGUCUUACAGGAUGACAAUACAGGCGCGAUAAUAUGGGAGAGUUUCAAACAUCCAUCUAAUGCAUUCCUUCCAAGUUUGAUAAUUAGCAACGAUCAAAUAACAGGGGAAAGAAUAAAUGUUACUUCAUGGAAAACUCCUUCUGAUCCAGCUACUGGAAACUUCUCUGGUAGCGUUGAGCGUCUCCGUGUUCCUGAAAUUUUCAUAUGGAACGAAACAAAGCCUUAUUGGCGCUCAGGUCCAUGGAAUGGUCAAGUAUUUAUUGGUUUACCAAACAAUUUGUUAUAUAUUGCAUAUCUAGAUGGAUUCAGCGUUACAAGAGAAGAUAGUGGAAGUCUUGUUAAGAUCACAUUUGCAAUGCCAAAUAGUUCUUACUUUGGAACUAUUGUGGUGAGUUCCGACGGAAAAAUUGUGUAUACUGCAUGGAUGAAUAGGAUUCAAGUUGGGAAGCAUGUUGUUCAACAAAAUAAAUGUGAUGUUUAUGGUAUUUGUGGUCCUAAUGGAAGCUGUGAUUUUAAAAAUUCGCCGAUAUGUACAUGCUUGACAGGUUUUGAGCCAAAAAAUGUGGACGAAUGGAAUCGACAAAAUUGGACAAAUGGGUGUGUGAGAAAGGCUUCACUACAGUGUGAGAGGGUGAAGAAUAACGAGAGUGCGUUACCUGGUGAAGAAGAUGGGUUUUUAAAACUACAGACGUCGAAACCACCAGAUUUUGUAGAGCAAUCAUAUAUUACUGUUGAUGCAUGUAGAACUCAGUGUUUGAAUAAUUGUUCUUGUACUGCUUAUGCAUUUGAUGCAGGAAUUCAAUGCUUGACUUGGAGUGGUAAUUUAAUUGACAUAGUUAGAUUGUCGAGUGAAUAAGGCAUUGAUCUUUACAUACGCCUAGCUUAUUCAGAACUUGCUAUAGAUUCAGAUGGGGAAAGAAAUGUUACUACAGCAAUAGUUAUAGCUAUAGUGAUCGUGGCAACAAUUAUUGUUGUUUCUUGUGCCUAUUUCUUUUGGUCUAAACGUUCAGGGAAAACACAUCAAGAAAACCAAAGUGCAAGUCUAAUCGGAGAUGUAAACCAAGUUAAAUUAGAGGACCUUCCCUUAUUUGAGUUCAAGAACAUUUCAACUGCAACAAAUAACUUUGAUUCAACUAAUAAGAUUGGCCAGGGUGGUUUUGGUUCUGUGUACAAGGGAGAGUUGCCAAAUGGAUUAGAAAUAGCAGUGAAAAGACUUUCAAGAGCUUCAGGACAAGGUCUAGAAGAAUUUAUGAAUGAAGUGAUUGUGAUAUCAAAGCUUCAACAUCGCAAUCUUGUAAGACUUUUAGGUUGCUGCAUUGAAGGGGAAGAAAAGAUGUUGAUCUAUGAGUACAUGCCUAAUAACAGUUUAGAUUUUUAUCUAUUUGACCCAGUAAAAAAGAAGCUUUUAGAUUGGCAAAAACGGUUAUGCAUAAUUGAAGGAAUUUCUCGAGGACUACUUUAUCUUCAUAGAGAUUCGAGAUUAAGAAUAAUACACAGAGACCUAAAGCCGAGUAAUAUCUUGUUGGAUGGAGAACUAAAUCCCAAAAUAUCUGACUUUGGCAUGGCUAGAAUCUUUGGAGGUACCGAAAACGAGGGCAAUACAAGAAGAAUUGUGGGAACAUACGGAUACAUGUCUCCAGAAUAUGCAAUGGAAGGAUUGUUUUCUGAGAAAUCAGAUGUUUUUAGCUUUGGAGUUUUGCUCCUCGAGAUAAUAAGUGGCAGGAAAAACACAAGUUUCCAUAAUCACGAUCAAGCACUAAGCCUCUUAGGAUAUGCAUGGAAACUAUGGAAUGAAGAGGAGAUUAUAUCUUUGAUUGAUCCAGAAAUAUGUAAUCCAGAUUAUGUAGAUGACAUUUUGAGAUGCAUACAUAUUGGACUUCUUUGUGUUCAAGAGAUUGCAAAGGAGAGGCCUACUAUGGCCACUGUUGUUUCAAUGCUUAACAGCGAGAUUGUUAAAUUUCCUCGUCCGUGUCAACCUGCAUUCAUUCAAAGACAGACUGAGCAUAAAGGAGAAUCGUCGACUCAACAGAGUCGUGACUCGAAUUCCACGAAUGGUGUCACCAUCACAAACUUGCAAGGAAGAUAGUAGUGAUGAUGUUAUGUUUGAAUAUUUCGUUAUAAUGUUAAGUAAAGUCUGACCGACCAUUGUUUUUAUUAAAUUAUACUUUCAUAUAAUAAAAAAAAACAAGAAUAGUGAUGAUAUCCAUCAAUCUAUUAAAU